UCAACAUGGCGUCAGAGGCUGGGGAGACCUCUGUCAUUCUUCAAUCAUGCUUGCCCACAGAACAACGCUACAUGGAUCUUUUAGAACAAACUGCUAGCUUUAAUACUCGCUUGUCCAUCGAAAGAAAAAUGAGACUUCCAUUUCUGGACUCACAGACAGGCGUUGCUCAAAGACACACAAAUCUCUUUCACCCAUAUCGACACAGACUUCCUGGUACAAUUGAAGGACAACUGUUUACUUAUCCAGCAAAAAGAUGGAAGAAGAAAAAGAGAUCAUUCCUGUUCUCAGAGCGUAGAACUGGUGUUAAUGGUGAAAUUGAAACUGGCGACCCUGGUAAACAAUAUAUGCAUCAGAUCAAUGCAAUAGAAAAUCCAGCUCAUCGUUUAGACGAACAUGAUUUUGAUCAUCUAGAGGCAACAGAUGGCUGGUAUGAUGAUGUUGAUGACUUUGGUGAGCCACCAGAUGAUGGUGCAAUGGUUGACGAUCAGUCUGAUAUUAGUGACUUUGAAGAUUCACUCAAAGGAAGAAAAAGAAAAAAGAAUACAGGCAAAGGUAGAAAGAAAAAAAAUGAAGAUCAUAGUAAAGAACUCUUAAAUCCUGAAGACAAAGAGAAACCCUAUUCGUGUGAAGUUGGAAGGAGAAAAGCUUGUGGGGCCCGCUACAAAACGCGGCCUGGGCUGGCAUACCACUACUCUCACUUCCACAACGGCAUGAUGGAUGAGGAGAGUAGAACGCCGUCGCCAAAACCGCCGAGCCGUGCAAACUCAGAAUACGUACCUAAAAGCACAAAACGUACUCGUGGUGAAACAUCGGCUUCAAACGGGAAAGAAAAGAUGAGCAUUAUACCUCAAGUCCAACAUGUAGAGAGGGGAGCUUUUAAAAAAGCAGCGAGUAAAUCUUCAGCCAAUGGAGCAAAGGUCUCAGCUAAUAAUUACUGUGACUUCUGUCUGGGGGAUGCAGCCGAGAACAAGAAAACAAAAGUGGCAGAGGAACUUGUGUCCUGCAGUGAUUGUGGACGUUCAGGCCACCCAUCCUGCCUGCAGUUUACAGACAACAUGAUCAUAUCAGUGAAAAAAUAUCCAUGGCAGUGUAUUGAAUGUAAAUCUUGUGGUCUAUGUGGCACAUCUGACAAUGAUGACCAGCUGCUGUUUUGUGAUGAUUGUGACAGAGGAUACCACAUGUAUUGCCUGAACCCACCCUUGUCAGAGCCACCAGAAGGCAGCUGGAGUUGUCACUUGUGUAUUGAAGAGUUCCAUGGAGGAAAGAAACCUGCAGGAAUGAACUGAGACAGCUGGCCAUCUGUCAAUGUUAAUCCAUCCAUGUUAAUUGUAGAUGUGUGUCUUUAAACUUUCUUAAAUAGUUUUACAUUUUUUUUAUAUGACUAUUUGUAAAAUAUCAAUUAGAAUGUACAUUUGUGAUGACAAUGUAAAUAACCUUUUUUUUUCUGUGCUAUAAAAACUGACUUUUGUAUGUGGAAGACACAUAAUUGACAGACACUGCUCUAGUGAAUUCUUUAUCCCACAUUUUCUCACUAAAAUAGCAGAACUCAUUAUUUUUUUUUUCGGCAUUCAAAAUUUUUUGUAAACAUUUUUAAUUAUAUGGGCAAAGCUAUCCCUUAAUUACAUUUUUUUACUUCUGAAAUGAUUUGGUUCAAACCAUAAUCACUAUGGAGUUUUUAUAAUAGAUUUGUAUAAUCUUAGUUCAGGUUAGCAGCAUCAUGUAUGGUGUUGACUGAGGAAUGUAAAUAUUGUACAUAAUGAAUCUCUACAUGUAGUACAUGACAUGGUCAGUACAGGUGCAUUUAUGUUCAUUUAUGUUCAUUGUUUCUCCAUUGAUGGAAUGAAAGGAAAUUUCUUGUCACUCAAGGGUUGUUCAUGUUGUAAGGACUGGGUGGCCUCUUGAUCCAAGUACUGCUAAAUCUGGAGGUCACCAGAUAAAGGGACUCUACUCAGGUUUUCUGGGUUAUCUCAAUUUAACUCUUUUUGGUCUGAAAUAAUACAGACAUUAGUUAUUAAAAAUCUUUUGAACCUGAGGCACAUGAGUAGGUUAUUUACACAGAAAAUAUGUAUUGUUGAGAAAUAUGUCAUUCAUACUUCAUCUUCAUCAUCAAUAAAUUGUGUAUUAACAGA